AUAAUCCGGGCAUCUUCUGUUCCGCUCACAUUGUCUAACUUCCUUGGUAUCCAUUUCGUAGCAACACUUCACGGAAAACAUGGUUUAUCUUGUUCUAAUUCUCGUGUUCUCCCUUGCUAAGGAGAGUUUUGGUUCCGGCAUCAAGGCUUCUUCGGACAGCAACAAACCAAGCUUGACUACUUUAUUCCAGGCUUUAGACACGAGCCAAAAGAUUUGGAUGAAGAUGCACAAUUACGCAGUAGAGGCUGUGUCGUGUUUUUAUUAUGGGAAAAUCUUAUUAAGGCAUAAUGUUUACGACUUCGAUGAAUACUACACGAAGGGAGAUCCAAGCUGGUCGCCCCAAAAGAAGAAGAAUUUCAUGACGGCCACGCUCUCAGAAGGCACCGAUGGACCUGUGAUGUGGGUUAGACCCCGCGCCUCGAAAGCUAAAGGAACACCAUACACGUUUCGCUUUUGGAACUCGGAUGAAAAGUGCGGCAUCUUUACGUACCCGCCAGAUGACAGAUGCGAACAGAUUGUUUGGGGCUCAGUUGUACGAGCAAACGCUACAUCUUGCAACGAAGCAUACAAGACAAUUUGUGGCACGAAACGCUACAAUGAAUACAAAGAAUCUUGUGGAAUUUAAUAAGCUGACAGUGUUUGCUGGAGCUGAUAGUGAAAAUGGCUUACUGAUCCUCAGCAGGUUACAAAAUAAA